CAAGCUGCCCACGGACAUUGCUAUCUGCUAGGGGGUCCUGGGGGGAGGGGCUGUCUCACAGGCCCAGCCUGCCCUGACCCCCGAAGCUGACUGGUCGGCAUCCCCUGCCCUCAGCCCCCUUGCACCAGGCCAGAGGGGGCUCCCAGAGGAGCUCUGCUCCAAGUCCCAGCCCCUCUCGGAGGAGGCGGGCGGCCAAGGCUCUGCAGCCAGAGGCUUCUCAGCUCGGAGCUCCGGAGCCAGAUGUAGCAUUGACCUUAAAUGGUAAAAGCUCCCCAGAGUGAAGAGAGGCUGGCCAGAGGAGGAAGGGGGAAUAACUCAGUUUUAGCCUGCGGAGCCCAGGCCUCUUGGAGCAUCUUGGGGGCUGACGCAGCGGAGGUUCCGGGCACACGCGGCCACUCCCGCCAGGAGGCUGCCAUGCCCCACAUUCCCGAGGACGAGGAGCCCCCCGGAGAGCCACAGGCAGCCCAGAGCCCUGCCGGCCAAGGCCCUGCACCCGCAGAAAUAGCUCACAGUCCACCCACAAUCAUCCUGACUGGAGAUGUCAGUUCACCGGAAGGAGAAACCGACAAAAACCUGGCCAACAGGUACACGUCCCGGGUGCCUGAUUCUUCUGCUGUGAUGCACAGUAUCUCCUACAAUAUGGGGAUCAGAGCUCACAGCCCCCACCGGAGGCUCUCUCACCGCCACCUGAAGGUUUCCACGGCCCCGCUGACUUCUCUGGACCCUGCGGGGCACGUCAUUGACCUAGUCCACGACCAGCUGCCGGACAUCAGCAUCUCGGAGGAGGACAAGAAGAAAAACCUGGCGCUGCUGGAAGAAGCCAAGUCGGUGAGCGAGCGCUUCCUGGCGCGGCGCGGCAGGAAGUCCAGGAGCAGCCCCGGGGACUCCCCGACAGCUGUGUCCCCAGGCCUCAGCCCAGGAGCGUCUCCUACGUGCUCUCGCAGCAACUCCCUCGCCGUCCCCACCCCGCCAGGUUUGGAUGUGUGCGGUGGCCCACAGCCCCCUGUGCCCGGAGCACCAGCACAGAGCGGGGAUGAGGCCGAAAUCCCUUCACCUCACCUUGGCGAGCCUAACGUCCCCAAAGGGGUAGCUGACCGAAAGCAGAAUGACCAGAGGAAAGUGUCCCAGGGCAGGCUGACUCCUCGCUCUCCCCCCGCGGAGAAGCCCAAAGAGCUUGCAGUAGAACAAAAGGAAAACUUCGAUCCCCUCCAGCACCCUGAGACCACUCCCAAGGCCCCCGCUUCUGGCUUGAGCACUGGUGGGAAAAUGGCCUUGAACAGCCCCCAGCCUGGCUCUGUUGAGGGGGAACUGGGGAAGCUGCCCCUGAAGACGGCCAGGGAGGGCAACCCUCUGCCUCGAAGUCCGGCCCACGGCCCAGGGGGGCCGGCCACCCCAGCCUCCCAGGGAAAAGUCUCGGCUGGUGAGCCCACGGGGCCCAAGGUGGGCUCGCCGGCUGAGCUGCGGUCCCCUGCGCCCCGGCCCCCUCUGCUGCGGGGUGUCUCCUGGGAUAGCGGCCCUGAAGCACCAGGCCCCCGGCUGCAGAAGGUUCUGGCCAAGCUGCCGCUGGCGGAGGAAGAGAGGCGCUUCUCUGGCAAAGGCAAAUUGGCCAAGGCGCCAGGGCUUACAGACUUCCAGAUUCAAGUGCAGCCUGUGCGGAUGCAGAAGCUGACCAAGCUCCGUGAGGAGCACAUCCUGAUGAGAAAUCAGAACCUGGUGGGGCUCAGGCUCCCAGAACUCAGUGAAGCGGCUGAGCAGGAAAAAGGGCCCCCUUCCGAGCUCUCCCCAGCUAGUGAGGAGGAAGAGACAAAGAGUGGCCUGGAUGUGAUGCCCAAUAUUUCUGACGUGCUGCUGCGCAAACUGCGGGUCCACAAGUCUCUCCCUGGAAGCGCCCCUCCACUCACUGAAAAGGAAGUUGAGAACGUGUUUGUACAACUGUCCUUGGCCUUUAGAAAUGACAGCUACACCCUGGAAGCCAGAAUUAACCAGGCUGAAAGGGAACGCAACCUGACAGAGGAGAACACUGAGAAGGAACUGGAAAACUUCAAAGCUUCCAUUACGUCUUCGGCGUCGCUGUGGCACCACUGUGAGCACCGGGAGACCUACCAGAAGCUGCUGGAAGACAUCGCCGUCCUGCACCGCCUGGCUGCCCGCCUCUCCAGCCGGGCUGAGGCGGUGGGGGCCGUCCGCCAGGAGAAGCGCAUGUCAAAAGCAACAGAAGUAAUGAUGCAGUAUGUGGAGAAUCUGAAGAGGACAUAUGAGAAGGACCAUGCAGAGCUCAUGGAGUUUAAAAAACUUGCAAAUCAGAAUUCAAGCCGCAGCUGUGGCCCCUCUGAAGACGGGGUCCCUCGCACUGCACGAUCCAUGUCCCUCACGAUGGGAAAGAAUAUGCCCCGGCGGAGGGUCAGCGUUGCUGUGGUUCCCAAGUUCAAUGCCCUGAACCUUCCUGGCCAGUCUCCAAGCUCAUCGCCCAUCCCCUCCUUACCUGUUUUGUCGGAAUCACCCAAUGGGAAAAGCAACCUGCCUGCCGCCUCCUUACUGCCUGCACUUUUGGAAAAUGGAAAGACAAACGGGGACCCUGAUUGUGACGCCUCUGUGCCCGCGCCGCCCCCAAGCUGCCUGGAGGAAGUGAGCCAGGAGACUAAGGCCAGGGUGGAGGAAGAAGCCUACAACAAGGGGUACCAGGAAGGUCUGAAGAAGACCAAAGAACUUCAAGACCUAAAAGAGGAGGAAGAAGAACAGAAGAGUGAGAGUCCAGAGGAACCUGGAGAGGUAGAAGAAACCGAAGAGGAGGAAAACGACCGGAGGAGCAGCAAAUUUGAAGAACUGGUUCAUUUCUUACAAGUAACAUACCCCAAACUAUGCCAGCAUUGGCACGUGAUCUGGAUGAUGGCUGCAGCGAUGCUGGUCUUGACUGUGGUGCUGGGGCUCUACAACUCCUAUAACUCUUGUGUGGAACAGGAUGAUGGACCCCUUGGAAGAUCAACUUGCUCAGCAGCCCAGAGGGACUCCUGGUGGAGCUCUGGACUCCAGCAAGAGCAGCCUACGGAGCAGUAGAAAACCUGAUACUGAGCUGGUGCCCUGCUCCAGUAGCUUAGCCCAGCACCCCAGCCCUCCAUAUAGUGCAUCAGGCCCAGGUGUGGGCACGCUGCUGUCCAUCCUGUCCAGGAAUGAGGAAGGCUGCUUUUCACACUUGACACCCUGUGGAGCUAUUCACAGACAACAACUUGAUGCUCUUGGAGGAUCAACAAGACUGCUCUGGGAAAGCUUCUGGUGAACUAAGAAGUCAUCUUCUCCAAGGAACACUAAACAAAGGAAAGUUCUUGCCCUUGCUGAGGUGGCCAAGCAGAACUAAACCACCUAGGGGGGACAGGAGGAAGCUCAUUUACCCCACUCUUCCUCUCUGCAGUGGGUUGUCAGGAAGAAUUGUGCUUAACAACUAAUACUGAUGCUAACUAUCAGACCUGGAAUUUGAAGAGACAACAUGAAUAUCCUCCCAUUUCCCAUCUCAUUCAAAUGACUAUCUUUCAGCCUUCCCUUCUCCCCUUGGGAAGAAACUCUUCUAAGAGUUUCAUUUUAUAAAAGUAGGAAAGUUUUUUUCAGAAAAAUGCACAGACUAAAUUUAGCUCAGUGCUUAAAAUGAAAUGGGGAGAUAUGAAUUAAUAUAUAUGCAUUUGCAAACACACACACACAACAAAAAAAUGCAUGUGCACGAAGCCAACAACCCCUCAAAAGUGUGCUCUGGGCGCAUGUUCUGGAUAAGCAGGAUGCAUGCCAAGCCAACCAAUAUUUUAUUCUGUGUGGGGCAGUCACCAAGCACUCAGAGUUCAGUGAGCUCUCCACAUGGAUUGAGGUUUGAAAAACCACUGACGACGCAUAGGCUUCCAUGGCACACUUACCAGUCUCCAUUUCAAACCCCAGUUCUAAGCUGCUAUAAAGCACAGUCCUUUCCCUACAUGCGCUCUCCUACUGAGGCAGUUAACCCACCUCUUAGGUUCGUGAGAAAUGUAGCUUUCAGCUGCAGCCUCCUACUUCAGAUGUGCACCCACAUGCCAGGGGGGCAGUUGUGCCUCAGCACUUCAGUUCAAAUGGGAUUUUCAACCCCAACAUGUUUCAGGGCAUUCCAAAUUGCUGUGCAUAAACCAAAGGAACAUAUCCCAUCUCCAAGUUGACUUUUUCCCUAUCUUGACAGCCACUGCCUUCAUUCAACCCUUAUGAGUUGGGGGAGGGGGACUGGUUUCCAUGUGGUGGUUUUGUUGCUGUUUCGUUGAUAUUGUUUGCUUCCAUUGCUAACACUCAAACUACACAGAAAUUACUGUGAGCCAAGCACAUCUCUGUAUUAUAUAGGUGUUAACUCAUCUAGUCCUUAAGAAAAAGGAGAGACUAUGGGGUUUUUAGAUAAGGAAAGUGAAGCUCAAAAAAGGCAAUUUGCCAAGGACACCCAGCUAGGAAAUCACAGAACAAGAAUUCAAACCCAGGUAACCUGGCCUCCAGGGGGCUAUACUCUUAAAGCCCUUAUUACCUUGCCACUUCUGCUAUCCUAACUGGACGUCUUACACCCCAGUCUCACUUCUCCAAGUGGUGCUUCACCUACUCUAAACCAUUCCUGGUUCCCAGCUAAACAGUUCUCUCACAGCUCCACACCUCCUCCCAUUCUUCAGGAUCAAGUGCAGAAAUCAUUCCCUGCACACAGUCUUUGACACCAUCCUCCUACACUCUCCACCAUUGCCAAUACAAUAGGGAACAGCCUCCUCUGGGCUUUCUGGCACUGUUGAAACAUUUGCACCAUUGAUCUUUGCCUACAGUAUAUCAUGGUAACUUAUUUAUAUAUCUGUUUUCCUGAGUGUUUUUCCUCAAAGACAAGAACCAUGCCUUAUCCAUCUCUUGGGUAAGUGUCUAGCAUGGUGGCUCACACUUGGGAGGGUAUCACUUAAUGUUGGUCAAAAGAACACACCACAUUCAAGGUGGUGGAGAUCAGCUUAGGGAUAGCUGUAAUUCUGCAUGAUUCCCAGUACUAGCAUCAUCACUGCCCCAGUAUCCAUGAGAAAAGUCACUUGUUUCUCAAUCUUAGAUUGUUCUAAUAUUCCUCAGUCCCCUCUGACAGGAAUGAGACCAGACUAGCAAGAAAGACAGGUCUCAGCAUAUCCACUCCCCUUAGGGAAACCUCUCUGGACCAGUCCCCACCUGAAAAUAGUCUGGUAUGGGAGGCAGCCUCCUGUACAGUGGCUGGGACAUGACUGUGAAAGAAGCCCAUGCAAGGGUGGACCAAGGAUGUGCCAUUAAGGUACAGAGCAGAGGUGCAGAGCAGAGCAGACAGACUUUGGGGGCAUCGGUGAUUGGUUCACCUGGCCUCUUCCAGGGGUACUGGAUACAACCGAAGGAAAUUUAUGUAAGAACCUCAGAGCCAAAAGACAGGUUCUGAAUGGAGCUCCAGAGAGAGUGGCUGUGGGGCAGGACUCUAGCUGGGCAAUGCCAGUCUCAGCCUACUUUAAAGAAAGAUCAGGCUGGGCUGGGCCACUGUGCACUUGACCACAAGGUUCCCACCCUUGUUUCCAGGUGAGACAAAGAACAAGAGAAUAGGUGUAGAGAGCUUCUGCACCUCCAGCUACUUCACAGGAAGGUUUGCUAAAGCACCUCAUCCAGACCCAGGCCUUCGCUCACACUGCUGAGGGAAGUCAGAGAAAAGGAGGUCUCCGAAAGGGAGGGCAAGAGUGACCACAUUUACUGUGGAGUGGCUGAAAAAGUAUUUAUUGGUUUAUUCUAGAAAACAAAGAUCAACAAGAAAUAGUUGCAGCUGUGCCAAGGCAGUCAUGAAAUGGAAAGGUACCAGCCAUGUACUUCCAGUGGUCAUGUUGAUCUGAAAUAAAAUUUCCCCUUGAAAUGCCCCUGUAGUCUGCCAUUUCUGCUUUGCCCAAGGUACCUGGUUGCCCACCUUCAGCUGCAGGGUGAUGUGUUGUGUGUGUCAUUGCAGAUGUCACCUCCUAAAAGAUACUCACUUUCUGGCUGCCACAAAGCCCUAUAUAAUGCUCCCCGUAUCCAGCCUGACAGGAUGAAUGGAGAUGGAGAUGCUGGGUUUGUGUAUCACUGGCUGUCAGUUGUUAAACCUCACACAGGUGUGUUAGCAUUGAACUGUAGAGUGUCACAUACCUGAGUUUGAAAAUAAAAACACAUUUCCAAAUCUU